AAUGUGGUCGACGGAAAGAGUACAUUUCAAUUUGUAGUCGAUCAAGAGCAUCAUCAUGAAGGCAUCGCUUGUAUUCGCUUCAGCUCUCUUGGCUUGCGUGGCUUUGUCCGCCGCCACCACCCGGGUCGAUGGCAAAAACAGCCGUCUUAACAGACGCGACCAAGACAGCGCUGAGCUGAACCGCGAUGCCAACAUCGAUGGCAUUGAACACAUCUACGACGACGACUUCAACACAAACGACAACCUGAACCUGAACAGAAACAACAACAAAUACUACAACAGACAUGACUGCACCAAGUUGAAGAACAUGCACAAACCCCAAUGCAAACACUUCAAAAACAACAACAACCAACUUAUCGACGACCACGAUGAAAACAACAAAAACAACAACGAUAACUACAACAACAACAACAACGACUGGUACCAAUACGGACGUUCCAGCGAGGAAUCCAUGUCCGGCGAGGAAUCCAACGAACGUUUCCAACAGAACAACCUGUUCACCGUCAGCGGAACCAACAGCCUCUCCAAGGCCGUCACCGACAAAAUCGCCGCUCUCAGCACAAUCAUCGCCACCGGAACCACCGAUGACAACAACAUGAGAGACCCGUUGACCCUGAAAACCACCACCGUCAAGUCUUCCAAAAAACACUUUGUCAACAUCCACGACGCUCAGUUGCGCAACUUGAACAACGGAAAAUUACAAUACUUCGCCGUCAACCCGGAAAGCGACAACAUCUACGUCGAAUACGACUUCAACAACCUCAACGCCAACGGUCAGUACAAGACCAACCUGGAGAACAUCAAGUCCGGUCAGUUCAACAUCGACUUGAAAAACGUCCGAAGCAACGUGACCGCCAGGUUCCACUCUCACAGAGCGACUCUGAUGCCCGCCAAGUUCGAAUACGCCGACGUCACCGUCUACGAUGAAAACAACCAGGAAACCACCAAUUUGAACGAGGCUUUCGAGAACAAGUACAUCAACGUUUUGAAACACGCCAUCUCCGCCGAGGUUUACAGCACCGCCCACAAGGGUGUGUUCUCUCAGAUCAAGAAAGAAAUCAACACCCCGCUCACCCAGCAGUUGUCCGGCAACUUGGGUAAAUUGUUCGACAUGAGAUGGAAGGAAGGCAAUGUCGCUAUGGAGAUCAACAACGUCGGCAACCAACUCUCCUCCAACUACAACAACAACAACGACAUGAAAGUCCGCUCCAUGUCCUACACCCGUUUGGACGCCGGCAACUACAAAUUGCGCUUCGACGUCAAGCUCGGAGGACUCCAAUGGAACAGCGACGUCGUCGCCACCGUCGACGGACAACGCGCCCAGGCCCAGAACGUCAACUUCAACUUGAAGAAGGUCGAAAUCGAAGUCAAAGUCAUCAAGUCCGCCAACAACGACCAAUGCCGCAGGAUCAAAACCGACGUGUACUUGCAUGGUCUCCAAUACCAGGGAUUGAACAGACAAAUGCCGUCAACCAUGAACCAGAUGAUCGACCAGAACAUGUCCCGUUUCAUCCAGCACUCGUUGGAAGCUUACAUGCAAAAGACCAUCCAGCAAGUCGUCUGCGAACACCAGAAAUGGUAAUGCAGUUGUUUUGAUGUAAAUCGACUCUAAAAUAAAUAUAAAACAAAUUCUAAUAUAAUGUAA